CGACGGCAGACCAGCGGCGCUAGAGAGAGGCAGCGGCGAGGAGGCCGAAGAGGGAGGAGGACGAUGGGAGUCCCGGCAUUCUACCGAUGGCUGAGCGAGAAGUAUCCGAAGAUUGUGGUGGACAUGCUGGAGGACCACGCGGCUCGGGUGGACGGGACGGAGAUUCCCCUCGACCUCACGGCGGAGAACCCGAAUGGCAUCGAGUUCGACAACCUCUAUAUCGACAUGAACGGCAUCAUCCACCCUUGCUCUCACCCUGAGGACAAGCCCCCCCCGGAGAGCGAGGAGGAGAUGUACAAGAACAUCAUGGACUACAUAGACCGACUUUUCUCGGCGGUCCGGCCGCGGCGGCUGCUCUAUCUGGCCAUCGACGGAGUGGCCCCCAGGGCGAAGAUGAACCAACAGCGCUCGCGACGGUUUCGGUCUGCCCAGGAGGCAGAGGAGGCAGCGGAAUUGAUGGAGGAGACGCGCCAGGCCAUGAAGGAGAUGGGCAUGAAGGUGCCGCCUAAGGCCAAGCCUGCGUGGGACAGCAACAUCAUCACCCCGGGUACGGAGUUCAUGCACAAACUGUCCCGCUACCUGCGGUUCUACGUGCAGGAUAGGGUCAACCGUGACAAGGCCUGGCAGAACAUCAAGGUGAUACUGUCGGACGCCAGCGAGCCCGGCGAGGGGGAGCACAAAAUCAUGGACUUCGUGCGCCGGCAGCGCACCCAGCCGGGCUACGACCCGAACCAGCACCACAUCCUGCACGGCCUGGACGCGGACCUCAUCAUGCUCGGGCUCGCCACGCACGAGCGCUCCUUCACCAUCCUCAGGGAACAGGUGCUGUUCGGGCGGCAGCAGAAGGAGGCGAGCGAGAGGAAAGCUGCCGCCAUGAACGCGGCGAGGGAUGCACUGGCCGGGGUGGGGCAAAAGGCGAAGAGGGGGGAGCACGGGGAACACGACGGGGACGUUUCUCCGCACAAGCCGCUACAGAUGCUCCAGCUGUGGACCCUCCGCGAGUACCUGGAGAACGAGUUCAAGGAGCUCGAGGCGCCCGGGCGCGUUCCGUUCGGGUACGAUUUCGAGAGAGUGGUGGACGACUUCGUCUUCCUUUGUUUCUUUGUCGGGAACGAUUUCCUGCCGCACCUGCCGUCGCUGGGCAUCCGCGACGGCGCCCUCGACUACCUCUUCAACGUCUACAAGAGAGUAAUAUCGUCGUUGGGAGACUACCUGACGGCGAGCGGAGGCCGCGUGAACCUCAAGCAGGUGGACGUGAUCAUGAGCGAGGUGGGCGAGAUCGAGGAUGAGGUGUUCAAGAGGAGAAAGCAGGCGGAGGUCAAGGACCAGGCACAGAGAUCCAGCUUCGGGAGACGCGGGGGCGGCCGCGGGGGCAGAAGGGGGGGCCGCGGAGGGGAUAUGGGAAGACAGGGGGUGGGUCCCCCCGGCGGAAAUAGUGGGGGGCGAUACGGGGUGGACGGGGAAAAACAGCGGAUGUACCCACCUGCGAACUCAGCAUCAGAGAGGCGGAAGGCGUCGAUGGAGGCGAAGAAGACCGCCAAGGCAAGCGACGAUAGCAUCAAGGUCCAAGCCGUGCCCAUCGGGAGCGUCAAGACGGACCGCCUUAAGGAUGCCAAGCGCAGGCUGGAAGACGGCGGUCAGCGCGGCGGUGCCAAGUGGGGCGGGGGCGAAGAGGGGAAGGGGGAGGAGAAGGGAGGUGCCGCAGAACACGCCAACAAGUCGGCCGCGGCGAAGCUGCGCGAAAAACUCGGGGGUAAGGCCGCCGGAAGAAGGGGCAGGGCAAGGGGGGGCAAGAGGGGACAGAAGAGCGGCGCCGCCAGCAGCGACAGCAGCAAUAACAACUCCUCUGCUAGCGAUGAUGCGGACGGGGGGGCGGCGGCGGAGGAGGAGGAGGGGGGAGAGGGCGAGGGGGAGGCACAGCCCCCCCCGACGAAGGUGCCCAGGGGGGAGGGGAACGGGAACGGGAACGGGAGCCCCCGGGGGGGGGGCGGCGCUGCUGUAGAGAGGGGCGGAGGAGGUGGUGUUGGUGGCGGUAAGAAACGAGAAGACGGUGAUGGUCAAGAUCAAGGCGAGGAGGAAGAGGAGGACCCCGACAUGACGGAGGAAGAGAUGGCCAGAGCCAAGACCAUGCUCAAGGACAAGGUGAAGGAUCAGGCUCAGGUCUUGCUGGACGAGGCGAGGGACAGCGUAAACGACACGGUACGGCUGUGGGAGGACGGGUGGAAGGACCGGUACUACCAAGACAAGUGCAAGCUGGAAGACAUCGAGGGGGGCGGGGGAAGGGAGAGGCUCUUCCAGGCGUACGUGGAGGGGCUCUGCUGGGUGAUGCUCUACUACUACCAGGGCUGCCCUAGCUGGACAUGGUACUUCCCAUUCCACUACGCGCCCUUCGCCAGUGACCUCAUCAACUGUGACAGGUUCAAGAUGGAGUUCGACGAGUCCAAGCCGUUCCGCCCCAUGGAGCAGCUGAUGGGGGUACUGCCGUCCGCGUCUUGCCAGGCGCUGCCUGAACCAUGCCGUGACCUCAUGACCAACCCCGACAGUCCUAUCAUCGACUUCUACCCCAAGAAUGUCCCCUGCGACCCUAACGGCAAGCCUAUGCCGUGGCUGUGGGUGGUGCUUCUCCCCUUCAUCGACGAGAAGCGACUGCUGAGCAACCUGCAGCCGCUCUACUCGCAGUUCACGGAGGAGGAGACCAUCAGGAAUUCGUUCGGGCCGUCGUACCUGUUCGCCAACGUCCGAACGCCACUCGGGAAGGCCGUGUCGGCGUUUGUGAAGGAGGGUGCUGGGGGGACGGCAGGCGGCGUGGAGGUCAAGGGGCUGGACUCGAAGGCGGAAGGGCUGGAAGCCGGGGAGGCCCGACUCUGUACGGAGGUGCAAGAAGAUGGAUCUACCGAAUGGGGAGGUUUCGGCGGAAAGUUGGCAAUACCAAACCCAGAGAUCAGCACCGCCGUGGGGGACACGCUGCAGGCGCCAGAAAAGCCGAGAGGGAUGUUCGAGGACGUGGCCAACAACCAGGUGGCCAUGGCCGUGUACGCGAUGCCCCCUAAGGGGGAGCACGUGUGCCGCAUGCUUCCAGGGGUGGAGGCGCUCCCCAAAACACUCCUGCCUCAGGACCUUGUCAGCCGCCGGCCCCCUCGGCUGAACCGCAACAUGAGCAUCGCGGAGAUGGGUUCCACAAAGUACAACCCGCAUCAGCAGCAGGGCGGGCGUCACCAGGGUGGCUUCGGCGCCGGGCAGCGGAUGAUAAGGCAUCAGCUGGGCGGGGGCGGCGGAGGAGGAUACCACGGACAGUCGCAGGGGUAUGGCUACCAACAGGGCGGAAGAAGUGGCAGAGGGAGUUACCACGGGGGCUACGAGGACAUGCAUCACAUGCACCAGCCCACUGGUAGUCGGCGCUGGGGCUCUCAGGAGCCGACCCCCAAGCGGAACAGCGGGCGGGUAGGUCGCAACGGAGGAAACCAGGGACGUAAUCACCAGGGGCGCAAAAACCAGGGGCGUCAGCAGCACCAGCGCCAGCACCAGCCGCACUAUCAGCACCAGCAGCAGGUACCGCCUCCCCAGGGGUACUACGGGCAGGCAGUACCCCCGCUGGUUGCGGCCCCCCCGCAGCAGCAGCAGCAACAGCCGGUCUUCUACGGGCAGCAACCGCCGCAGGCGGCGCCGAUGUACUACCAGCAGCCGGCGCCCGUGGUGUCUGCGGUGGCGCCCACCGCGUACUACGUGACUGCUCCCCAGCAAGCACCUCAGCCUGUGGUUGCCCACAGCUUCCAACACCCGGGGUAUGUGCAGCAGCAGCCGCAGCUGCUUCAGCAGCCGCCACAGCAGCCUCCGCCGCAACAGCAACAGCAGCAACAGCAGCAGCAGCAGGUCCCUCCAGGGGCAGCGGGCUUCCCCACCAUGGACUCGCUGCGCUCGAAGCUCGCCAACGCGCUUCUGCAGACGAAGGCACCCACAACGGCUGCGCCCCAGGGGGCGUUCUACGCGUACCCCCCUCAGCAGGGGGCGCCCAUUCCCCAGCAGCCGCACGCCGGAGCCGCUGUCCCAGUCACGCAGCCUGCGGCAGCCGCAGGCACCGGAUACCCUGGCCAAAACAUCCGAUACGAUGCCAAGGGAAACCCCACCUGGGGAGGGGCUCAGUGGACCGGAGGUCCGCCUCGCUAGGGCCCUGGGGGUGUAGGGGGGGUGGUCGCACCUGUUGGGUGUUGGCCACGCGCGUUUGCCGUGCAGACGGCGCUGAUUGGAAUGAGUCUUGGUUGUUCCCGAGUGAACUAUGUAGCCUUGGGGAGCUUCGAUUUUUCAAGUCGGGGUGUGAGUUGAAGGGCAACGCGGCCGGGUGUGUACGGGAAGAGUUUUUUUAUCUGACAGCGUUUUUAGACGGCCGUGUUCAUUAAAAUUCUCUCACCGUCUGGAGGCGUCGUAGGCCAGUAGGGAGGCAGCGGGUGAGAGACGCGCACCUUGUGGUAGAGAUACCCGGCGAGCAAGAUAUGGCCUGAUUCCUUGGCCUCGAGGAGUGCUCGCAAUGCUUGGGCUGGGGAGUUCGAUCAAGUGCCGCCAAGAGUUUAUCCACGCGACGCUUACAUCCCCCUUGCGGUGGAGCCUCCGAAGCGCAACUCGUAGAUUCCCCAUAUACAGCAGCCAAGCCCGAGGCAAUUCGCGCGUGCGGCGAUUUUCGGUUGGCGUAACCCGCGUCUUACCGUCUGCGUAUGCGCUCCGUCAUUGCGCGCACGGCGGGGAGCCUCAAGUACAAAUAAAAUGAAAUACAGGAAAUUCGUGUCUGUUGCCUUUGUGUCCGUUCGAGAAGACCGUUGCACUUGCGGGGAAGACCGUUGAAAGUGGCGGGGUGUAUUUUUUGUCAAGGAAAAGGUUUCCACCUAUCGCUAACUUACUGUGUGGCGGCGGGUGUCUGUCGCGCUGCUGUCUUUUGGGUGGCGCAUCGUGUCUCUCGACACACUUUGUGGUAUAUUGAGUCGUGCACACCUGGUUAUAGCACCAUCCUACCGCUUGGUUUGGAUCCCAGCGCCAGCUCUAUCGGAAUGGACGGUACAACGGUGGAGGAGUGUGUUUGUCCUCGCGCGGUGUCCCUUGAAGAGUACACGCAAAAUUUACUGUCGAUCGUCGUAGGGGAAAUCAAGCCUGCUGAUGAAGUCCAU